GAUAACCUGUUUCCAGGAUAACUAAUUGUCCAUUACGAUGCGAAUAUCAGUGACCCCUUUGGAUGGUGAUGUUUUCGCUCUAGACGUUUUGAACGAAACUUUGGUCUCCGGAUUAAAGAUGCUCAUUAGCCUUGAGUGUGGCACGUCUGAAGACCAAUUUGUCAUGAUGAAAGACGGUCAGUUUCUAACGGAUCCUGACGCCCAGCUGGGGGCAAUCGGUUUCAAGGACGGUGAUCUCGUCAUACUUCUUCAGUCAAUACAACAAGGUCAGAGUUUAUUCCAACCUAGUGCUCAACGAAAUACCACUCCCCAGGUUGCUUCGGACAUCGCUGGACUAGGUUUUCCAUCUACGGAGCUGCCACAAAACAACAUUCUAGACAUCCCCAAUGUGAAUGCAGAAGUAAUGCGACAAGCCUUGCUGAACAACCCGGAACUACGUUCCGCUUUAUCAGCAGCAAACCCAGAGCUAGCGUCGACAAUUAAUAAUUCAGUUGAUUUCGCCCGUUUGCUCGAAGCUCAGCGAGCUCAGCGUCUACAAAGGCGUCGGGAAUGGGAAGAGGUCGUCAAUGCUGAUCCCCUUGACCCCGCUACUCAAAGUCGCAUAGCUGAUAUGAUCAGACAACAAAAUAUCGACAUGCACAUGGAGAGCGCGCUGGAGCAUUAUCCAGAAACGUUUGCCCAAGUGUCUAUGUUGUUUGUGAAUUGCAAAGUUGGCGGUCAACCAAUCAAGGCGUUCGUCGAUUCGGGUGCUCAAAGUACGAUUAUGAGCGAGAAAUGUGCCAAGCGAUGCAAUUUAGAACGUUUGAUCGACAAACGCUGGUCCGGUAUGGCGUACGGUGUUGGGACGCAAACUAUCAUCGGACGAGUUCACAACGGAGACCUGGAAAUCGAAGGUAUAUUUUUAGCGCCAAAAAUUUAACCCACCCUUACCUGAUUGCACCUUGAACGUUAUACUGCCGGACUGCACCAGCGACACUUGAGACCUGGAGUACACGAUAUGUGCUUGGAUUGUGCACUGCACGGUACCAAAGUUUGCUUUAAAUUAUGUUACUCUUAUUUUCAUUACUGGAAGCGUGUCCAAUGUACAAUUCUAACCGUCCCACAACUUCCCCACACAGUUGUUAACCAUUGUGUGAUAUCAUUCACCAUCUCUAGUCUGCUUGCGCCAUUUUCCUCUCAUCGAUCUAUCUCUUUGCAGACCUCAUUCAUAGUGUUGAAGGACCAGCAAUUAGAUUUGAUGAUCGGUUUGGACAUGCUCAGGCGUCACCAGUGUUGUAUCGAUCUCAAACGUAAUGUGCUACAAUUGGAUGGCGGCCGCGUGGAAACCCCUUUUCUGCCGGAAUCGGAAAUCCCCCUCCAAAUGCGUCACGCUGAGCUUAUGGCAAACGAUUAUGGAUCUUCAGGAGCUGAUCACCAGUCACUAUUGGACAAGCUCACCCAUGAGCAGCGCAUUAAAGUGAAUCAACUUCUCAGUCAGGGAGUCCCAUUGUCCAACGCGAUCAGCGAAUUGGAGUCUCACGGAUGGGAUGUGCAAGAAGCACUGGUCUCGUACGUGUCUAACGAGAAUAGAACCUGAUUUGGCUCCUCUUGAUCCAUUGCUGCCACUGCUGUCUCCGUCUUGGAGGAUCUUGCGCCUUCACAGAUGUGCCACACAUAUCUGAGCUUUCAUGUCUUCAAUUGGAUGAUCCACCCCACGCUUUGUGUUUCAUCCUUUAGGUCCAAGUCUGAUUAUGUCUUUGACCUUUUGUGUUUGACGGAAGAUUUUCCAUUGCUUUGUGCUCUUUCAAGGACACCAACAGGCUGCAUAUUUUGUGACAUCUCCCACAUGUGUUCCAAUCGUAUUUAUGUGAGUUCCUUAUUUUGUUGAACAAUUUGUUUUUUCUACAAAAAUCAACUACCUUUUUCCGUCGGGGACAUCUUUUAAUCGGUUUCUGUAUCUUUUCAGUGUAAAGCCAACGUAUUGCGAUGGCUUAUGCUCAACAUACUAGUCACUGUUUUGAGAAAUGUUACAUUUCUUUUCACACUAUGAUUCGUCAUUA